AUAGGAAAAAAAAAAAGGUUAAGCCAUAGUUGCAAGAUUACUCCAUUUAAAUAUAUUUAUUUUGUCAUUUAAAUAGUCUCUAAUGGCAAUAAGUUUUCUUCAUUGACUUUUAUAAUUGGAAUUCACAAAAGCAGUUCCUUCUAUCAGUUUAAUUUUCCAUUUUUUUACGAAGAAUGUAUUAAGAAAACAAAUGAAAACUUAGAAUUAUAUGACAGGUCAAGUGGAGACUUAACGGUUGGUUGUUUUAGUUGGUGGGUUCACAAGUAAAUGGGUGGAGUGUGGUCGUGUGGGGCCUUAUAGUUAAGGUGAUAUAUCACUCAUAAUUUCCUACCAUUUUUAGGUGCAUCUACAACCAAUAAUUUAAUGGAGCUGUUGACAGGCAACGUGUGGCACGGGAACAAAAUGUCGGCACGUACUUUGAUGCAGACUAUUGGUUCAAUAAUGCGUUGACUGAGCUUAACACUGAGGUCAUCUGAAAGUUCUCAUUCUAAGAUUGUUCAAUCCAGAGAUCCAACACUAAGCAACAAUGGAUGAUGCAAUAGUCCUGUAUCCAGCUCCACUCAUCGGCCAUGUGGUGUCCAUGAUAGAGCUAGGCAAGCUCAUCCUUCGCCGUUACUCCCACAGAUUCUCCAUCACCAUUCUCCUCUCCACUGGCCCUUUUGACACCCCGGCCACCACCUCUUACAUUGACCACAUCUCCCAAACCAAUCCUUCUAUCUCUUUCCACCGCUUCCCCUAUCUCUCGGUCGACACCUCUUCUUCCACUCGCAGUAUCGUCGCUGUCUUCUUUGAGUUCUUCCGUCUCAGUGCCUCUAAUGUCCUCCAUUCUCUCCAGCAACUCUCCAAAACUUCCACUGUUCAGGCAUUCAUCAUCGACUACUUUUGCGCUUCAGCUCUUCCUGUUGCUCGUGACCUUGGAAUUCCCACUUUCCACUUCCUCACCGGCAGUGCUGCUGCUGUUGCGGCUUUCCUCUACUUUCCGACAAUUCACAAACAGUAUGAGACCAGCAAUAAGAGCUUCAAGGACAUGCCCACUACCUUUAUAGACUUUCCUGGGUUGCCUCCGCUACAAGCCACUCGAAUGCUUCAACCAUGGCUCAACCGAGACGACCCCGCCUAUUAUGAUAUGCUACACUUCUCAGAGCUUUUGCCAAAAUCCGAUGGACUUUUGAUAAAUACAAUCGAUGACCUGGAGCCAAUAGCCGUUAAGACAAUCAGGGAGGGAACAUGUGUUCCCAAUGGGCCAACUCCUCCAGUUUACUGCAUCGGCCCUUUGAUUGCUGAUACUGGUGAAGAUGAAAGCAAUAGUGCUGGUAGUAUAGCUCGCCAUGGCUGCUUGUCCUGGCUUGACACACAGCCAAUUCAGAGUGUUGUCUUCUUGUGCUUCGGGAGCAACGGAGCGUUCUCGCCCGCUCAGGUGAAGGAGAUAGCUAAUGGACUGGAAAGAAGUGGCAAGAGAUUCUUGUGGGUGGUGAAGAACCCACCAUCCAACGACAAAAGCAAUCAGAUUGCAGUGACGGCCGAUGUUGAUUUGGAUGCUCUAAUGCCAGAGGGGUUCCUGGAAAGAACCAAGGAUAGGGGAAUGGUGGUGAAGUCAUGGGCGCCGCAGGUGGCGGUGUUGAAUCACCCAUCGGUGGGUGGAUUUGUAACCCAUUGCGGGUGGAACUCGGUGUUGGAGGCAGUGGUCGCAGGAGUGCCAAUGGUGGCAUGGCCUCUAUAUGCUGAGCAGCAUCUGAAUAAGGCUGUUCUUGUGGAGGAUAUGAAGAUGGCUAUUGGAGUGGAGCAGAGGGAUGAGGAUAUGUUUGUGAGUGGAGCUGAGGUGGAGAGGAGAGUGAGAGAGUUGAUGGAGUGUGAAGAGGGGAGGGAGCUGAGAGAAAGAAGCAGGAAGAUGAGAGAGAUGGCUUUGGCAGCAUGGAAAGAGGGGGGUUCAUCCACCACUGCCCUUGCCAAAUUGGCUGAUAUCUGGAGUCAAGAUUGAUUGGAAUGUAUCUGAAUCUAGCUUGCUUUUAUCUUUGUAAUUAGAACAAAUCUAUAUAUGUUUGAAUCUUUGCUUCUUCCUA